UUGCCAAUAUUUUCCUGUUUUACAGAUAACUAAUUUGAUCGGUGAGAACGGUACAUUUGGGAAAGGUGUAGGAGCAUCAGUAGAAGACUGCUUCCAGUCGGCUUUGGGACCAACCAUUUCUCAGGAUGAUUUCUACCAAUGGUUGAUGUCUGAACCACAGACCCUAGUCUGGCUUCCAACUCUACACAGGUUCUCAGCUGCAGAAACAAUGAAGCACGAGGUCAAGUGUUCUGUUUGUAAGAUGUAUCCUAUCAUUGGACUUCGCUACCAGUGCCUCAAGUGUUUCAACUUUGACCUCUGCCAGAAUUGCUUUUUCACCCGUAGGUCGUCCAAACAUCACAAGCAGAGCCACCCGAUUCAGGAGUAUUGCCUCUCGAGUAAAUCAAAGGAGGAUGUCCGUGCCUUUACAAAGACUGUGCGCAAUAAUUUGAGUAAGAAACAUGGCCGUCGUAUCAAGAAGAAAUAUCGCUCAAUAGAGGAUGGUUGGGAAUCUGAUGACAAAGCAAGUGAUAACCAAGAUGCCGAAUUAGAGACCCAUGUUAGGCUCAGUCAAAUGUCAGAGAGGCUGAAAGCAGUGGAAGCCCAGCAACCUCCAGGGUUACAUCGCUCUACUAGUCUACCGCCCUCUAUCAAGUCCGCUAGGCCAUCUAUUGGCACGACAACCACUGAUGAGAGUAGAUAUCAAGAGCGACGAGAGCUGGAGAAUCUUAUAGAUGAAUUAGAAAGAGAGAAUGAUGAGCUUAUGGAUGAUCUUGAACGUUUAGGCCUGCAUGUCCAAGACUCCACCUCAUCAUCAUCAUCAUCUGAGACGGACUCUGAACCAAGGGAACGUGAACCAUCUCCUCAUGACCGGACAAGACUAGUGGAGCAGCGAAAUGAAGUCUUCGCUCGCUAUGAAGUCCUGGAAGAACAUAACAAGAAAUUAGAAGAGCAGCUAAAAAACUUCAGAACCAUGAUACAUAGGGAGACAAGCCAAGGAAGGUCUGAUCACUCACCAAGAUCUGCUUCCCUCAACCACAGUCCUUCAUACCAACCAAGCAACGCCAUCUACCACCAUCAAGGAUCCAUGAACCACACCUCUAAUCACAGUUCAGGAUACCAGGCCAGUAGCGGGUAUGACCGGACGGGCGAGCGACUGCCCCCCUAUGGACAAUCCCACCCCGCUCUAGACACCAUCGCGGACCAUUCAUCAGGGUCGUCUGGUGCAUCGGCGGUUAGACCACGGUUUGUCAUGAUGGGGAAGGACUACCCAGAUGGGCGUGGCGACCAUGGGCGUAGUCCCCCACCCCUGUAUACCAGUCAAGCACUCCCAGUGGGGGUAGGUCAACAUGUUAAUGGACAUGGUUAUGGUCAGGGAAACCCGAGUGGAGCUCUCCAUCAGCAUCAAAUGGCUGAUCUAUCAAAGGUUUCGACUGGGAGCUUUCGGAUGCUGCCACCUGCUCCACCUUACCCUGGGAAUAUGGAUCCUUCUGCCUUAGCUCCACCGGUGAUUACUCAUGCUCUACAGACUUCAGCACCAGCUCCGCUUCAGGGUAGUGGAGAUGGUGCACACAGAUCUUAUGGUUUACAGAGUGAUGCAUCACCAGUGCAUCAAGUUAGUGUGGGUGGUGUGUACCCUCCCAGGAGUCAGAGUGCUAUUGCCCCGCACCACGACAACAGCCAAGGCUAUCAGACCAGUUUAUCGCAUUCCACAGACAUUCCAUUCAGUAGCCAACAUCCUUCUCGCCUGGAUCAGUCCCAUCACGUCGGAUUCCAAAUCGACCAAUCACAUCCGUCUGGGUUUCAAACGGACCAAUCACAUGCAUCCCGAUUUCAAAUGGAUCAAUCACAUGCAUCAAGAUUUCAAACUGACCAGUCACAUCUAUCUGGAUUUCAAACGGACCAGUCACACCCAUCCAGGUUCCGAACUGACCAGUCAAUCCCUGCUGCAUUUCAAAUGAACAAGUCACGUGCCUUAGAGAGCGUGUUGGAUCUGGAGCGAUUCCUGCCCAACAUCAACGACCAAUCGACGGUUCACUUUCCAACGACAGGUGUAUCCAUGGCUUAUCCAUCAGAGGAAGCUGAAUUGGAUGAGUUGAUUCAGAGAAUGACUGAUGCUUUCCCUCUCCAUGACAGCCCCUCUCCUCCUCCAGCUGAACCACAUGUGCCUGUCAUGACAAUGGAAGAAUUCCUUCAACCAAGACCAAGGAGAUCAAGAGGAAGUAGGCGAGGGAGUGGUGACCUAUUUUCAGCUGCUAAUCGGAUUGGAGAAGCAAUGUCAACGCUUGUUACAAGAGUUAGUGUUGAAGGAGCACAAGGCUAGCAGUUUCACUCUACAUAAUGGAUGCAAAGAAACCAAAGUCACAUUCUCUAGGCCUCUGGAAAUGGAAAACCAUAUUUGUUUCGUAGUCUUUCUGGUUCUAAGAGAUGAAGCUUUCCUGCUUUCCAUUAAUAAGUUGAAUCUGAGUGGCAGGCACAUGGAUCCAGCCGGUUUAGACACAAUACCAUUUCAGGGGCCAUAUUGUAUUUUUGCACAAUAGUCGGCCUCUCAAAACGGUUCCAUGACAUUUGCUCUGGCGACAAUUGCUCUGAUGGAUAUUCUGCAUGUUAAGCUAAAUAUACAACCUAACCAUCAGAACUAAAUAAACCCUAAUCCUUAUCUUUACAUUAUACAUCCUAACUCUAACCCUAUGCCCUCUGAGAUAUUAAGAUCGGUGCAAAUGUCGCAGGAGCAUAUGUUGUGUCACCCUCACAACUAUUGUGUCUCAUCCAGCUAGAUCUGUGUCUGCUAAGUGGAUAUUGCAAAAUAGUAUUAACUUUUAUCAUCUUGAAUACACGUUAGGAGGUAAAUGUUAUUUUUUCUUCUCUGAAUACAGAUAUUAAAAUAUAUAAUCAAACGAUUGUAAUUUAUAUCAGGGAAUAUAUUUGAUGCCGAAAAAGUGACUCGUAAAUUAGAAUCGGAUGUAAGAUUUGUUGUAAGAUAAUGAUUUCAGAAAAAUCAAGAUAACAAUUCUUCAAAAGCCGUUUUCAGUAAUUUAUAUCAGGGAAUAUAUUUGAUGCCGAAAAAGUGACUCGUAAAUUAGAAUCGGAUGUAAGAUUUGUUAUAAGAUGAUUUCAGAAAAAUCAAGAUUUCAGUAUUACUUUGUAGUCGACUUACCUAACUUGCCUCACUUUAUGAGUAACCUGUAUUUCACAUUUUUCACCUUGAGCAUAUUUGUCCAUGAAGUGUGCUGCCUCAAAUGUAUUUAAUUUCAUAUUUUAUAAAUAUUUGUUCUGAUGGGGUAUAUUUACUGGUAUUUCAAUUUACAUUGUAUUGUUAUUUCGAUGGUGUUAGAAAUCGUAUUAAUAAUUAUUAAGGUGGUAUACAGCAAAUUCUUAAACAAUUGCCUAUUUGUAUUGAAAUAAAGAGAGGAUAUUGAGAGGAAAUUUGUUUGGACUUUGUUGAUUUAUUAAAACAGUAAUAUCAAGAGUCAUGAUAACUGUUCAUUUGACAAUUAUAUUUUUUCCCUCUGAAAGGAGGAAAUCCGGGUUUAUUUCAUCAGGGAACUGUAGGUGAAAUUUACAUAUUUCAUAAUGGAUGUUUAAUUUGUCAUCAUGAACAAGUUGUCACUCGAUGACAGUUAAAGUGCUUGUCAGUGGUGACAAGCUUUAUGUAGUGUGAACCAAGGGCCAGUUUCACAGACCAGUGAUUAAAGGUAAAUGCCAGUAGUGGUAACGAUAUCAAAAUGAGUUCGUACAGAAUCCAAUGAAAUGACCACCAAAGUGUCUGUUAAAU